AUGCCGGACAAAGUAAGGAAUGGGAAUGAAGCCAAGGACAGUGAAGAGGAGGAUGGAGAGUCGAUGAUUGCAAGUGAGCAGUUUGGCAUGGUGGAUUUCAGCAAGAUGUUUGAUGGGAGUACAGAGCAUGCAGCGGAUGCAAUGGAUUUUAGUGAUGAGGAUGAGUUAGCAGAGGAAGUUGAGGAGGAUAAAGGCAAGGGGGAUGAAGAAGUUAAAAGUCGGGAUGUAGGGGGAGAUGAAUCCGGUGAUGAAAGUGAUGAUUUGUUGAAGGAACUCGAGCAGGAAGGAAUGCAAGGUGUGGAUGAAGUUGAGUCCUCGGAAAUUAUCCCAGGAGGUGGUUUAUUUGGCAAUCAGAUUGCCCCCGACAGUUCCAAACCAGAUGUGCAGGUUGAGCAAGAGAAUUUGCCGGAACAGGGGAGCCCUGUGGAUGAUGCGGAUGUUGAAAAGAAGAAAAUUGAGAAGUUGAAGGAGAAAGAAAGGCGAGAAAAGCUUUUAAGAGUAUUUUACCCAUCCUUCCACAGGGGAGAGCCAAUCAAAAUGACAGAAUUGUUCCCCGUUGUGCCGCUUGACUUCCCAUACCAGCAGCCUCCUCCAGUUGGGCCGAUUCCGUUGAUUCCAACUAAAAUUCAGUUUGAUGUCAGACCAGACUCUCGAAAAGAUUUCCGAUCCUCGGGAAAAAAGCCAGUCCAGGUAAAGAGCAGCUCGCAGAGAGGUGUGAUGUCUCUUCCUGAGCGAAGAGUCAUCUCUUUAGAGGGGAAAACCAUCGAGCAAUUAAGAGAUGAGGUGGAUGAAUCGGGAAAAAAGAGUAAGGACCAAAAAGCAAAGAGGAGCAGAGAUCACGAGGUGCGAUCAACCGAGCUAUCCGAGUACAACAAGGACUUGGUGCUCUCGACUGCAGACUGGGACGAUAAUGAGAUCCUGGAAGGUACGAUCGACGGUGCUGGUACUAGUGGUGUACGGGUGUCUGGAAAUGGUGCAAGGAUGCGUUUGGUGGACACGCCGAUGGACGAUUGGGACGAGGGGCAGCAGGGCCAGAACAUUCUCGAAGGUCGCCUGUAUCCGGAGGACAUCAAUCUCCAGCUUGAUCUCAAUGAUCCGGGUCUUUUGUUUGAGGAUGAGGAGGCAAAACUACAAAGGAGGAAGAAAAGAAGGCUGGCAGCAGCGUCAACAGGCGAGAAAAUCAUACAUGCGGUGAUUCCCGGGAAUUCGAAGGUUCUGGAAUCGCGGUACAACGUGUCAAACGACCGGGCUUACGAUAUUUUGAAGAAGAACUACCACGCCAAGGUGAGGUCCACGAUUGGAAAUCUUACAAUUGAGCAUGCACCGCCUGCAAUCCGGUUGCAAUCACCGUAUUAUUCGGUCAAGCCAACGCCAAAAACGUUGCGGAUGUUCCACCGGCCGCGUUUUGUUGUUCGUUCGAACACUACAAUGUUGUUUUCUCGGCCGAAACCCCGCCGCAGGAAAAAGGACCGCGGCAAGAGUGUUGAGGAUUUGUUUUCAGAGACAGGAAGUCUGACUCUGGGAGAUACAGGCCACUUCUUCUUUCUGGAGUACUCGGAAGAGCAGCCGGCAGUGCUCAACAAGUUUGGGAUGGGUUCCAAGAUCAUCAACUACUACAGAAAGAUGACAGAUGGAGAUACAUCGAGGCCAAAACUCCCCGUGGGGGAGACGCAUGUGCUUGGAAUAGAGGACAGAUCACCGUUUUGGAACUUCGGAUUUGUCGAGAAGGGAAGCAUCGUGCCGACUUUCUACAACCAGAUGGUCCGGGCACCGAUCUUCAGGCAUGAUUCGGCAAUUACGGACUUUCUGUUGGUGCGGAGUUCCGGAAUGGGCAGUUCCCAGCGAUAUUUCUUGAAGAGCAUCGACAAUUUAUACACCGUUGGCCAGACUUUCCCCGCAGUUGAGGUCCCCGGCCCACAUUCCAGAAAAGUGUCGGCCAUUUCGAAAAAUAGACUCAAGAUGAUCGUUUAUCGGAUCCUGAACUCGGACGAGCACCAGCGGUUACUUGUUAAAGAUAUUUCGACGCAUUUCCCGGAGCAUACAGACAUGCAGAAUAGGCAGAGGUUGAAGGAGUUCAUGGAGUACCAGAGAAGUGGUGAAGACCAGGGAUUUUGGAAGUUGAAGUCUCACCAGCAGGUCCCGGGGUACGAAACCACCCGGGAGAUGAUCUCUCCCGAGGAUAUAUGUCUUUUGGAGUCGAUGAAGUGCGCCAGGCAGCAUUUUGGAGACAUUGAGAAGUUGCGUAGGGAAAGAUUGGAGGAGGUGGAUGACAGUGGUGCUGCCACUAACAGCAAUGCUAACGAUACCAACCGUGAUUCCUCGCCUGCACCCACAUCCCACAGAGAAGAACUCCAAGAGAUGGAGCUGGCACCUUGGAAUACAACGAGGAACUUCAUUCAGGCAACCCAGGGUAAAGCCAUGCUUCAAAUUCACGGCAAGGGAGACCCGUCCAGCAACGGGUCGGCAUUCUCGUUUCUCAAGAUUUCCAUGAAGGGAGGAUUCUUGAAAAAUGUGGAGAGCGAGGUGGGGACGCCAGUAUCGCAGAAGGAGACGAAAAGACAGGGGAAAGUGCACGGCGGUGCAAACGAUAAAGGUGGAAAUGCACACUCGUAUAACGUGGCUGAGCAGCAGAAGCUGUACGACGAGGAAAUUGCGAAAGUUUGGUACCGGCAGCAGGAGGUUUUGGGCUCGGAAAAUGGUAAUCACGGCAAACCCAGGAAAGUGAGCGAUGAAGAAAUGAAGGAUAGCCACUACAUGAGGACUGCGAACCAGAGAGUGAAUAAGGAGGUGGAUGAGAUGCCCAGGUACUUGAAGAUUACUCGCAUGGUGAGAAACAGCUAUGGAAUCUUGGAAAGACAGGUGGAUAUCAUUAAAGAUCCCAAGGUGGUCGAGCUGUACGUGAAGAAAAGACAGGCCAAGUUGCUUGAAGACCCAACCGAGCUCGAUAGCAACAGUUUGGUGCUCACAAAUGAUGCUGAGGAGAACUUGAAGGUCAAGAAAAGACUCGAGGAGGCUUUGGCUAAGUUGCAGAAGCAGCAAGAAAAGAAGAAGAAGAAAACUUCCGGUAUCACUCCUGCAAACAUCGACUCCCACGGCCGGAUUAGCGGAAGGGGAAUCGGCAAGGGAAAAUCUACAAGUAGAAGAUGUGCUACUUGUGGUAUGUUGGGACAUAUCAGGACUAACAAGUGCUGUCCACUAUACUACACCAUUCACAACAAAUCCAAUCCGAACUACAUCCCUGGAAGUGAGAAGAGUGCACACUUGCUCAAGAUGACCGAGCAGAGCAAGAAGUGA